UUUAAAUGCCCAUUUUACCGAGCGAAUAUUGUCCCAAACUGUAAAUAUUGUGUCAUUUGCUGCUGUCUACACCAGUGAUAACCGCCUAUGUUGCCAUUUUCUGGUCAGAUAGACUGAUGCAGCAUCCUUUAGGUUUAGCCACUAUGGAUCCUGUCCACUUUUAGUUGUAAAAAUGACAUAACUAAGGCAGAAAGGCAGAUAUGACUUAGACAAUUAGUUGAUUCCUGUCAAUUCUUAGCUAAACGUAGCAUUGGGACUUGAAAACAGACGAAACAUACGGGUUGUGUAUUAAAACACAGCGGCUUCCGCCAGUGCUGUCGGGGUCUGACAACCGUGAGGUGAGUGGCCUCUCAGCCUGCCACGUGCACCUCUCUGUUUGCUAUGGAUGCCUGUGCUCGUAUUAGAGGAGUGCCAGUUAGGUCCAGGGCUGCAGUCCGAAAAGAGACCGUGCGUGACAGUGGGGCACAGUGUGUGAAGAGCCUUUUUAGGAACAAAAAGGAGCUAUGCAGCAUAUGCCUGGAGCUCCCACCCAGAGAUACCACAAGACUGACUGAGAUUCAUUUUGUGUGUCUGCCUGGUCAUUGUGAUGGGGAAGAUGUGACUCAACAGGCUCUACCAUCCCUGCCAGGAGGGCUGUGUGAGCUCCUCCGGUCAGUUCACGUCCAGAGUCUCAAGAAUGAUGAGGUGCUGCUGCUCAGAGAUUCCCGCAGGCUAGCAGAACACAAGGAUGCUGGGCCUCAGUGGUGGUUAAAGACUGUGUGCGUCCUGAGGCAUAAUCCCACCUCUAGCAUCUACCCUCAGUCCGCUGUAGCAUCUUUACUGGGCUUGCUGGGGUGCUACAUGGCAGGUAUCCGCUAUACUUUGGAGCAGCAGGUUCUUCAAAGGAGUGCUGGUGGGCCCAGCCAACAGGAGGAAGAUGACACCAACCAGUCUGUUUCAUCAAUCGAGGAUGACUUUGUCACCGCCCUGGAGCAUUUAGAGGAGGAUGACACAGGAGAUAAUCCCUCUGCAGCCUCCUAUCGACAUUUUAAAAAGCGUGAUGUGGCAUCACAGACAGUCCCUUCGCAUAAAAGGCGAAAGGAAUUAUUAGGGUCCCGAGUUAUCAUUAGCUCAUCUUCAAAGAAGUAUUCAACAAAACAUACAUCAGGUCCAGAUGUAUCUGUCACUGUGCAGAGGUCAGCGGGUAUGGAGUCCCAGUGGACCUACUGCAGCCCUGGAGCUCGUUUCCCCUCACCUCCAAUUCAUGUCAGUGAAUCUGAAGAAUCAGACUGCUCCAGCCCCAGCCCAAUUAUUUUCCUGGAUGAAGUAGGUUACCAGAAGAGCCUCCUGGCUAAACUGGACAUUCCUCAGGUGCCGGGGGGGCCCAGGGAACGAGUUGAAGAUUCAGACUCUGAAGUGAGUGAGUUUUUUGAUAGCUUUGACCAGUUUGAUGACCUGGAGGAGCUGAGCUCUGAGAGCUGCACUCUUGCACUGCCUCUGGACACCAUUAGUGCCCCCACCACACAGAAGAAACCUGCAGAUGUCAGCACCAGUGGAUCAGGAUCCAAGUAUGUCUCCAGGGGCUGUUCAACAAAGGGUAUGAAUCCUCACCGCUUUGACCCACCCACUCUCCCUGCCAAUGUGAAAAAACCCACUCCUCUGAAGCCAGGCUCACCCUAUUCACUCCACUCUGAGGUGCCUGACUCACCUCGUCCAGUGCAGACCCCCUCAGAUGAGAAUGGAGGUCCUCUCUUCAGCCCUGUUAGCUCCUCUGCCUUUAGUCCCCUUACUGAUUGUAGUGGGACACUGGAAUACUUUUGGAAGACGGAUGAUGAUGGACAAGACAGCUCAGAACUACGUAAACCCCAGGACCUUUGCUCUCUGUAUAAGACUUACUCAGACUUUGCCAGCAGUCUGUCCAAAGAAAUACUAGGAUCUGUCUGUGGCUACCAGUCUGCUGUUGAUAUCAGUGAUAACAAGAAUCUCAGCUGCGUCUGCCACAAAGAAUUCAAGAACCCAUCUGGUUAUCUGAUGAAACUCUCAGAAAUCCAAGAGACUGUUACAGUUGCUAAACUGCAAGAGAAAUCUCAAUCUUUAAAGGAUGGCAUUCAGAGGUUUGCAACUGAUUUGGUGGAAAUGAGCCUGGGCAGUGCUUUACGAGAUCUCCAAAAAGGUGUGUCCUCUUGUACAACCACCUUGUGCCACCUAGCUGCAAGGCUGACGUCCUCAGUGUUUCAGAUGGCCUUUCAUGAGAUUGGCAUGCGUCAUGCCUAUGUGUUGAAGGAACGAGCAAUCAAUGGUCUGGCUGGGUUCUUGGUUGGAGAAGCUCUGUCUGGAGCAUUGGCAGAAUUUCUAACAGUGAAAAAACAAAUUUUUCACAGCACAGUGACACGUUUUGCUGCUGAUUUGGCAGAAGAACUGGUGUUUGAAGGCAUAAUGGAAGUGUGUCAAUUCUCCCACCCAUCAACACCUCGCACUCCUAGUGAUUGGACCUUUGGCCGUGGGCAAGAGGAAGAAGAGGAGGAGGAAGUUGUUUCUUCUUAUGCAUCAGAUUUGUCAGAGUCUGUUCUCCAGGAGGCCUUCAUAGAGCUUUCGCAGGCUGAUGUUGCCUUCACUAGCCAAGCAGCUAUCAGUGUCUCUUUAGAUAAUAUCUGUUAUGUCAGUGCAGAAAAUACAAGCACUCACACUUGCAGUACCUUUGCGAACCAGCAGGUUGUCAGUGCCAGCUCAGCUGCACCAGCCUCGGGGCCUUCAAGUGAGGAUGCCACCUGCACAGUGAAGAAAGCUCUGUUCACUGUCUCAGGAAUGGCUAGCUGCAUUCCUGUGCCCAAGGCAGGCCAAGCUCUCUCUUACCUUCAAGACUCUGAGGAGGCUUCUCAGAAUAAAUCUGGUUCGACUCAGAACAGCCCCAAAAGAUUAUUAACUCAGUCGUUCUCUGACACCACCACAUCUACGCAAACUCACCAUUACAGUCAUGAUACUGAGACCCAAAUGCCUGAAGGAGACCCCUCCCAAGGAAAGUCCACCUUUCAAAAUUUCUCUGGCAACAUGGUGGAUAUGAUAGUAACUGAAGCUUGUGAGCUUAUAACUGCCUCUAAAAUGAAGAAGAGUUUUGGUGAAUGUGCUGAUUUUCUCACAAAGACAAUAGGAAAUCAAAGGGUCUCUUCAUCUAAGCAGACUGUAAAUAAUGACGCUCUAGAUUCCUCUUUUCAGCAGGAGGCAAUCAGGGAGAGUUUUAAGUAUGACUGUAAAGAUUCUAUUAGGAAGGGUGGCUUUUUGCAUCAUUCAAAAGAGCCAAACAUGCCUCACAUUUCCUUCCAGACAGGGAGAGCCAGCUGUGAGACAGACCCCAGGAACAGAGGUGUGGCUGAAACCCAUCCUGUGUUAAUGGAUACUCUUGAUGUCCCGGGUUCAGCUAUGUACGGACAAAGAAGGAUAUCAGUUCCUGGAGAUGAAUCAGCUCCAAACUCGGGCCAGAAGUCUGGUGGGACUCCUGGCACUCCUCCUUCUACCCCUCAGCAGCCCAGUGAGGUAUCUAAAGAGAAACAGAUAAAACAGUUCUCCAAGAAACUGAAAAGCAAGCUGGCCAAGGAAUUCUCCCCUGCUACUCCCCCUCCAACCCCUCACUAUCAGCCUGAGCCUGGUCCAGGGCCAAAAGAUACUACUCCUGAUGCAGACAAAGCAGAAUUUAUGCUCAAACUGAUGAGAUCCCUUUCUGAGGAGGCAGAUGGUAAUGAGGAUGAAGAGGAGGAACAGUUGGCAGAGGAAGCAGCAGUUGGUGUUAGGGCUCCUAACAGAUGUGCAGAGUCAGGGCAUGGUGGCCAUGAAUUCAGUAAGACAUCUGCUCGCAGAAUGUCCAACAAGGAAGCUCUCCACUAUGCCGAGCGGUUGGCUUGCCACAUUGUUUCUAUGGCAACAGAAAUGGACACCCUGGGAGUAUCAGAUGAGGAGGAAGAGAUAAUUAAGGGCAGUGAGAAAAGAAGAGAUAGUGUGGCUCAGUUCUCAGAACAGACUCUUAACACUUUGUGGGUGUAUGCAGGGGAGGUGGCAGGAGAGGUUAUCAAUGAUGUAAAGAGGAUGGUGAGUUCUGGGCAGCAGUGUCCAUAUCACAGAGCCCUCAGAAGAAGAAGCUUUGACAGGUCAAACUCUGAAUGUUCCCAUCAUCACUACCCAUCCCAGUCAAGUACAGACCAAAACUUUAGGGUAGGGAAAUUGGCUGAGCAGUGGUCUAAUGACCUAAUAGCUUCUGUUCUCCGGACUCCCACCUCCACCUCAAGCACAGUCUCCAGCACUAGCUCUGGGUUGUCAUCAGAGUAUCCUAGCUGUGAGAGUGUGACAGACGAAUACGCUGGGUAUCUUAUAAGGGUGCUAAAAAAGGAGGGGGGCAGCAGGGAGUUAGUUUUAGAUCAGUAUGCGAGCCGUUUGGCUUACCGCUCCAUAAAGUUAGGCUUGGCUCAUGCUAGCCGCAAGAUCAAACAGAGAUCAUGCACCACCCGCCUUCACUUCUCCAGGUCCCUGCCAGAUGAGUGGAAGGCUUCUGGCAGUGAGGCGUCUUCGCCCAAGGAGAGAGCAGAGUCAGCAGUUACUCCCUCAGGUGAAGACAAUCAGUGUUGUUGUAAGGUUUCUGAAGAGCAGAGCCAAAGGGAGUACAUGGAUCUGGUUAACUUUGCAGAGUCUUUAGCUUACAAUAUCACAUGUGAUGUCACACGCAAGCUUCAUCUUUCCUCUGUGCGACUACCCAAAUCUCUCACUGACUCCUGUCUGUAUAAAAAAUCUAAACUUGAAGAUAUGACAGAGAAUCUCAUAAGGAACUCCUUCUCCUGCCCCCUGUUGUCCAAGGAAGGAAGGAGCAGGCAUUACCACAGCACAGGAAGCCUGUAUGAUGGAGGCUACAGCAGUAGAGUGAUGCAAGUUAUUGAGCAUUAUGCCAGGAAAAUAGUUGAUGAUACUCUGAAGAUGAGCCUUGCAUCCAUAGGACAUCCAUCACACGAUCACCAGAGGAAACAAGACCAUGAGCGACACUCUCACACUCAGAGGUUGUCUGACGCCCUAAGGGAGAGAACAUGCCAUUACUGUCAGGUCCAGGAGUGCCCCUACUGCAGUAAACUUAGUAGUCACCACCACCAGCACGUUUUACAGAGAAGGCGAAGAGGGCCAGAAAGUCAAGUGAGGGCUGAACGUCUCACUGGCCUGGAGAUUCCCAAGAUUCACAUUAACUUGGAUCACAGGGCAGUAUUUGCAGAGGAGAUGGUGUCCAUGGCAAUGGAGACAGCAAAACGUGAGCUGAGUAACACCAGCCUGAAUGCUGACAGUGGGAUUGGGCAUGAUGGGACAAGCUACGCUGAAAGCCUAACUGCUGAGAUCAUGACCUCUGCCUUGUCUAACAUCUGCCAGGCUGCCAACAUCAGCUCUCAAGGAAGGGAAACCACAGAGUCCACUGUGUCCCAGCAGUUGAGCGUAGGAGAUGACAGCCUGGGCAGUUGGUCAAACUUGAGCUUUGAAGAUGAGCACCUAGAUGACAACAGCAGCUUCCUCCACCUCAGUGACAGCAGCAAUGGGAACAGCAGUAGCUGGAGCAGUCUGGGCCUGGAGGGGGAGGCAUGUGAGGAGCGCCUGUCCUCCCCCUCAGACAGUGACCAUACAGAGGACAAGGAGACUGAGGUCAAAGAGGAAUCCAGUGGGACCCUCUGUGCAGACCGGACUCAGAUGCAGGCUCCUAGGACCGUACUACUCAUGGUGAACUCGGAUGUCAGGGAGCCCGGGCGUGGCCCUCAACACGUGGCCCUUGACUCUCAACUCAGGAGUAUGCUGCAGUGGGUGGCAGCCUCUAUGGCUGACAUCCCCCAGAUCCAGCUCAGUCCUGACAGGGAGCUUCAGCAGCUCCCGGCAGUGGUCCAAAGGCUUCGGGAGAGGAGGUGGAGGGUGGGAGAGCUAAUGCACACCCUGCUGCGAUACUGUGAGGAGAGCCAGGUGCACAGCGAGCCCCAUCCCAGAGAAGAGGCUCUCCAGGCGGGCAGGGAAACACACCGCAUCCCUCUCUUUCAGUGGCUUCUGGAGCACGCCUAGAUCCUCUUCUUUUCUCUUUCCCUCUCCUCUCUGUGGUUCCAAACAGGGCUUUGCAAACUCCACUACCCCAAGAGGGCGCCAUAUAAAUCAGCUGGUCUAAAUUACUCUCAUGAAUGUGGGCGCCGUGUGUUUUGCAUUGCAUGCCGUGACCUAGAGUAUUUCUGUUGUGUUUUUCUUUCCACCUUCUGUUUUGUAGUUGUAUUUAUUUGGGUGCAUAUAUCACUUGUGUUGAUUUAAUGAGCUGUCUCUUCCGCCCACCCACGCACAUCUAAAUGGAGGCUCUCACACCUUGCUGCUGUCGUGCUUGGGCUGCGUAAAGAAAAGGAGAAAACAGACAGAGACCCACCCCAUCCAUCUGGUCCAGACAGAGACAGAAAUGCAGUGAGUUGAGAGAAAGAGAAUGUGUUUUUUGUUAGGGAAUCCCCAUAGCUGCGGGAUGGAUGAUGUCAUCAAACCCACAGCUCACCUCUGUGGUGAUGUUUCCACAUGUUAAGAGACCAACACUUACACACACAAAACCACACCCUUCCAUUAUCAGCGAUAGAAGGAAUCCAAGAUGCAUCGACGCUCAUUAACACUCAUUCCCCUUAGUAUUCCUUAGUAUUGCAUUCAUCCACUCAGAAUUACAUUCAUUUUGUUCAAAUUAAGUGUUUCCUGCGAACAAUGUUGAAUGCUAUUGUGACGACUCCGCAAAUCCGACCAAUAUGCUGCCGUAUACUGAUCUGAAGUUGUAAAACCCAUGUCUGUAGAUUAGUUACUUAUAUUAUGCUGUAAUUUUGCGUUGAUGAUCAGAUAGGUCACUCAUUUUGCAAGUGAAUGAUAAAUUAUGCUUGAUGAAGUUACCUAUUGCCAGUAUUAGUAUUACUGUUUUAUCUAAUACUGUAACAUGGAACAAUCUCCUUGUUUAUGAAACUUAGUAAAACACUCGGAGUGGAUGAUGUUUACUAGCGCAAACAGAAUUUAAAGAAGUAUAUUUUUUGAAGGUAGGGUAUGUCUUGUCAAAUAUGAAAUGCUGCUCAAAGCGAAGAGAGAAGCCAUGGUAUUGGCUUAACGUUGCCAAAUGUAGCUGAUAAGGUGACUCUCCUCCUUUCCAGUCAUUACUGUGUGUAUUCUGGUCAUCUGUGUCAGUGGCCCACGUCCAGUUUGGGGAAGAUCCAGUGACGUAGACAGUGCAUCUUUACAUGAUUAAAGGCACUAGUGUGCACGUCCACAACCACACACUAACUAGUAUCUGCAUAGUUCAGCCCUAGAAUCACACAUACUGUCACCCACGCUCCACAUUCACCUUGUGCAAUGAAGGAAUUUGGAUACCACAACUUCCAGCCAGUAUCUCCCCCCUACGACUAACAUCCUUGUUACUCACCAGCUCCUAACUGUAAAUCCAUCACUCAGCACUACCAGCUACGUACUGAAAUGCACUUUUUGAUUUGUUCGAGGGGAGACUGAGCCCUUUCAGCUCCGAUCUCAGACCUCUCCUCUGUGAAUUUACACUCAGCAUGGACUGUGAUACCUGAAAGCUCCACAGUCUUUUAUCAAAAAUGUACACUAUCAACAACCUACAUCCCACCCACCCCCCUAAAGAAAGAUUAUUGGGAUUUGAAUGUUUAUAUUUAUUUCUUUUUUUUUUUUUUUUCUAUUUGGGGACCUAAGUGUGAGAUAUGUUGCUGCAUGGUCCUCAGAUUUAUAUCAGGACUUAUCCGUCUUCAGUUUAAAACACUGUAAUAUACCACAGCCGCACAUCUAUUAUUAUAAACUACGUGUUGUUGGCAGUGUUCACCUGCAUGGCUGAAUUAUCAUUGACUUUUUAAGAUCAACAUUCUUCUUAUUACUGUAUUGGGCUACACUAAUUGAGCUGCAGUGAUUCGUCUGUGUUCACACAGCCUAACAUAGGGGUGUCCAAACUACAGCCUGCGGGCCAUAUCCGGCCUGACGCCUUCAUU